AUGGGACUCUUCUCCAAGAAGAAAGACAAGGCUGGAACAGCUAGCCCAGCAGCCCAGAAUCCAUAUGCCGCGCCUGUAGCCAAGGACCCGUACGCGCAGCCACCCCCAUCCUACUCCCCUGGUGGUCAGGACACAUCGUUUCGACAGGAGAAGACGCCAGCCGUGACAGGCCCAGGUCAGAGCUACGGACAGAAUGCGGGUGGAUACGGUGCCCAGGGAGGAAGCUACGGCGCGCAGUCAGGCUAUGGAAACGACCGCUACGGCGGAGGUGCACCCCAGCGACCUGGCGGCUACGGAGGCCUUGGAAGGACCGCUUCCAACGACACCAUGAGCACCGAAGCAGGCCGCAACGAGCUUUUCGGCAAUGCACCCCAACGCCAGAAAGCGCAGCCGGCCCAACAGCCUAGCGCCCUUGGACAGAGCGGUGCCUAUGGAAGCACCCCGAGCGGCGCAUACGGCGAUGCAGCUCCUGGUGGUUACGGAUCCACACCUGGUGGCUAUGGAACCUAUGAAGACCGUCAAUUGACGGCUGAGGAACAAGAAGAGGAGGACAUCGACGCCACAAAGCAAGAGAUCAAGUUCAUGAAGCAACAAGACGUUGCUAGUACGAGGAAUGCUCUACGUCUUGCUGAGCAGGCCUUGGAAACUGGUCGCGGAACCCUGGGAACCCUAGCGGCCCAAGGAGAGCGUAUUCACAACACUGAACGCAAUCUCGACCUUGCCUCCAUCCAGAGUGACAGGGCUAAUGGCCAAACCAAGGAACUGGCUCGCAUCAAUGCAAGCAUGUUCUCCAUCGUCCCGAACCCCUUCACAGGCAACUCCAAGCGCGAGAAGCAAAUGCAACAGGCCAUGGACCAGCACGCGCGCGACCGCGAGACCCGUGAAGCCACCAACCGCGCCAAGUGGGAGUCUGGAGCUCGCGCGAACGAAGCUCAGCGCCAGCUACAACAGGGAGGUGGCCCAGCGGGCCCCAACAAGAGCUCGCUUGCCGCGCGCUCCAAGUUCCAGUUCGAGGCCGACGAGGAAGAUGAUGCCAUGGAGAAUGAGAUCGAUGGCAACUUGGAUGCACUCCACGGCAUGGCCAAGAACCUCAACCACCUUGGUAGAGCAAUGGGCGAGGAGGUCGACAAGCAAAAUACCCACAUCACACGCAUCACUGGCAAGACGGACCAGGUUGAUGACAAGAUUGCCAGGAACAGGCUCAAGUUGGAUCGCAUCCACUAG